GCACAAUGACGUUAGACCAACCCGGAAAUAGCGGACAACUGAAGCGAAUCGUUAUUCUUUGAGCUGCUAGCGUGGUAGCUACCAGGUGGAGGACGACUGCCUUUUCUUGCACUUCGAGCAUUACGGCUGAUGAAUCGUGGAGUAGUACAGCGCCCCCAGGUCCUAAUUGUCUCCGUCUACUGAACCUGCACUCAACCACACUCCGGAAAGGGCCAGAGAACUUGAGAGCCUAACAGGAGGAAGUGGACUAGGGAGUGCAGUGGAAAAUCCGAAGUACACGCUGAAUGAGAGGAAGUGUUGCACAAUAGGAAGUGGUGUGCGUCUGGCCGCUGUGCCUCCCAGUUUCUACAAGACUGCUGCAACGUUGCCCUUCUCAAGAAACCCAGUCUGCAUAAGAAUUACGAAGGGCUGCACCUGUGGCUGACUGUUGUCCAAUAAAUUCUCAACCUCUGAACCUGACCUCUGCUGGAGGACUGUGACCUUGGCCACCCGCCAGGCUCGGCCUCCUUCCUCCUGACUGACACCUCCAGAGAUUCUGCUGGCAUCGUAACAUGGGGAACCUGCUAAAAGUUCUGACUUGCACAGAUCUGGAACAAGAGCCCAAUUUUUUCCUCGAUUUUGAAAAUGCUCAGCCCACGGAUGCAGAACGAGAGGUGUGGGAGCAGGUGGACCUGGUGCUGAAGGACGCUCGGGGAGUCCUGGACGAACUGCAAGCGUACAAGGGAGCGGGUCAGGAGAUUAGAGAGGCGAUCCAGAACCCCAGCGACGAGGCGUUACAGGAGGCGGCAUGGGCGGCCGUGGUCCACCUGGUGGGGAAACUCAAGAAGUUCUACCAGUUCUCCCAGAGAUUAGAGGCGGCGCUGCACAGCCUGCUGGGACCCCUGACCAGUGAGACUUACGACGACCCCACUCAGCACCUGGAGCGUGAGCAGGCACUGGCCAAGCAGUUCGCCGAGAUUCUGCACUUCACACUGCGCUUCGACGAGCUCAAAAUGACUAACCCUGCCAUCCAGAAUGACUUCAGCUAUUACAGGAGAACGUUGAGCCGCAUGCGGAUCAACAAUACACCGGCAGAGGGGGAGAAUGAAGUCAACAACGAGAUGGCCAACCGGAUAUCUCUGUUCUACGCCGACGCCACGCCUAUGUUGAAGACAUUAAGCGACAGCACGACAAAGUUUGUCUCAGAGAAUAAGAACUUACCCAUCGAGAACACGACAGACUGCCUAAGCACAAUGGCGAGCGUGUGCAAAGUCAUGUUGGAAACGCCGGAGUACCGAAGCCGCUUCACCAGUGAGGAGACGGUCUCAUUCUGCCUGCGCGUCAUGGUGGGCGUCAUCAUCCUGUACGACUACGUGCAUCCUGUCGGAGCCUUCUCCAAGUCCUCCAAAAUCGAUAUGAAAGGGUGCAUCAAGGUCCUCCGAGAUCAACCGCCCAACAGCGUAGAAGGCCUUUUAAAUGCUCUCAGGUACACAACCAAGCAUUUGAAUGAUGAAUCGACCAACAAGACCAUCAAGAGCAUGCUGCAGCAGCAGUAGGACUGAAACUCUGGUACAACCACUCGCCUCACACCCGGUUCAGGAGACAUCGACUCUCUCUCUCUCUCUCUCUUUCUCUCUCUCACCAACGACGUCGGUGCACAGAAUGUUUUCUUUUCUUCUUGUUUUCUUUUCUUUUAAAUGGAGUAAGAGCUGCAUCUCCACCCCCUUUUUAUAACGCAAAAUGCUACUGCCAUUAUGUACGUCUUUUCUGUGCCAAAAAGAUGUUGCUGAGAUUUAAAUGUUUUCCAUAAAGGCCAUACAACAAGAUGGCAGCUAUGGAAGCAUUGUGGGUUCAGUUUUUUUUAUUUUUUUUAAUAGUUUUUGUUUCCCUGUGUAAGGGAUGGGAGUGCUUUGACUUGAAAAUUUAAAAAAGAGAUAUAUAGAGAAAUAUAUUAUUUUUGUUUGAUUUAUUAUUUAAUAUUACAUCUUCUGCAUGACGAAAUUACGUCUUUUUCUUCUAUUUAAAAAACAACAACGUAUGGUUCAAGUUUAAUUUGUCCGCUUAAUUGUAUGUUUUAAUGUUUUGUUCUCUGAAUGGUACUCGGCAGAAUUGAGAUUAUUGAAAAGAUAGUACUGUUAAUGUUAUCUUUUGUUUUAAUAGGUUUUGAUUUGUUGUAUGUCAUUUUUCAUAGUUGUAUUUUUUAUUUUAACAUUUCAAACUGUGAUGUGUGCAAAUCAAUUUAAAAUUGGGAGUCUGUACUGUUGCUAACAGUAUGUUGCCGCUGGAAAAAAUAAACAGAGAACUUGUUUUCUACAAA